UAAUCCCUCAUAUUAUUUCUCAACACACAACAAAACAAAGAAGAAGAAGAACAAGAAGAAGAAGAAGAACAACAACAACAACAAGAAGAACAAGAAGGGAAGAAUUUAGGGUAAAAAAAUAUGGGUAGGCCUCCUUGCUGUGACAAACAAGGUGUGAAGAAAGGACCUUGGACUCCUGAAGAAGACAUUGUUUUGGUUUCUUAUAUUCAACAACAUGGCCCUGGCAAUUGGAGGGCUGUUCCUGCCAAUACUGGGUUGCUUCGAUGUAGCAAGAGUUGUAGAUUGAGAUGGACGAAUUAUCUUAGACCUGGUAUCAAAAGGGGUAAUUUCACACACCAUGAAGAGAAGAUGAUCGUUCACCUUCAAGCUCUUCUUGGCAAUAGAUGGGCGGCCAUAGCUUCAUACCUUCCACAAAGAACAGACAAUGACAUUAAAAACCACUGGAACACUCAUCUCAAGAAGAGGCUGAACAACCACCACCGCCAACCUUCUCCGGCAGCCGAUCUCACCGCCGACCCCGCCGCCGAUACUCUUUUCACCACCAGAGGCCAGUGGGAGAGACGCCUUCAAACCGACAUUCAAAUGGCCAAACAAGCUCUCUCCGACGCCCUCUCGCCGGAAACCUCCAAACCGCCGCCGACGCUGCUGCCGAUAGAAGAGUCAAAAACAUCCCAUCCUCAAAUUCCGGCGUAUGCUUCCAGCGCGGACAACAUCGCACGAUGGCUAAAAGAAUGGAACAAAAACCCACCGACGAACAAUCCCUCCCGAUCAAGCUCGUCGGCGGUGGUGGAUUCCGGCGACGGCAGUGGAGGAAAAGUAAAUGGGGCGGGAUUAUCGGAAUCGAUGGAUACGUUGAUGAGUUUAGAAUAUUUUGAAUCGUCGAAUAAUUCAGAUGGGUCGCCGGAGACGAGCGUUUUUCAAGGGGAAAGUGAAUCGAUGGAUGAAAAUGAAGAAUUGUUGCCGAUGAAAUUGCUUGAGGAAUGGCUUCAUGGAGAUUCUAAAGAUUAUUACUUUACUGAUUUUACAGUUGAUGAAAAGUUUAAGUUGGAUAAUCUUCUAUGAAAUUAUAAAUAAAUUUGCGUUUUUUUUCUUUUUUUUCUAGUGUUUAGAGCAUAUUUUGGGUUAAUUUUUGUUCCAAAAUUAAUCUCUUUGAAUUUGUAAGAGAUAUGUAUUUUAUAAAGAUUGAUGAUUUUCAAACAAGGGUCGUUAAUCAAGUAUAAUAAUAAUUUUUCUC